AUGAGCGUGGAAGUGCUCGACGGCGCCACCGUCCGCAACUUCGUGGAGGACGAGAGCUCCUUCAACGGCUCCGUCGACGGGCGCUUCGCCGCCCUCGACACCGACAGCGACGGGCUGCUCAGCUACGAUGAGAUGGCUGGGGAGAUCGAGAGCCUCCGGGUCAUGGGCACCCACUUCGGCGGCGUCGACGAGGUGACGCCGGCGCCGGAGGAGCUCAGGCAGCUGUAUGGGUCCCUCUUCGCUCAGUUCGACCGCGACGGCAACGGCACGGUGGAUUUGGAGGAGUUCCGGUCGGAGACGAAGGAGAUGUUGCUUGCAGUGGCCAACGGACUGGGUUUCCUGCCGGUGCAGAUGGUGCUAGAAGAAGGGAGCCUCCUCAAGACGGCCGUGGACAGGGAGUCCGCCAAGAUCGAGUCUUGUUGA